CCUAGUGACUUCUGGUCGAGAAGUUUGACUUCCAGGAACAGUGCAGCUGCAGGAGUCGGAGAGGAGAGAGGCGCACCGCCGUUAUGGACUGAGACCUGAAAAUACGCACAGCUGCACGGUUCCAUUUCUCUGACAUCUCCGAUCCUUUCCUCGGACUGAUUCUUGGCAAUAUUAUCACACAAUAAAUAAAAGACCGUGAAGCCCAGGUCCUUUCCUUAUCCUAUUCCUUGUGCAAUGCCGAAGAGUGACACAUGGCCAGGCGGCGUUGCCAUGGAAUCCUUGAGUAAUAUGGACAGUGCCGGGAGCUGCGACAGUGUAAUCAGCAUGAACUCUGGCUAUAGUGAAGACAGUAUGGAGCACUUAUCUGCAGAAGAGAGAGCGUGCCUCAUGUAUCUGGAGGAAACGAUUGAAGCGCUGGAGGUGCAGGAGGACAGCGGCUUAUCCAAUGAUGAACCAGAUUCUAUGUUACAGGCAGAAAAAAUGGGUCGGAUGAGAGUAAAUGACAUUUCCAGUUUAAAGUCUGACGAAUCCGGAAGACACCAGCAACCAGACAAAGCUGAGCAUCACGCUCUGAAUGAAACCUCAGAACCACAGUCCUCUCCGGACUCCAAGAUGAAAGAUCUCGAAACAUCAGUGAACCUCAUGACUCAACCUAAACCUUCAGUCACUGAAUCAGUCGCUGAAAACACCCCAUCAGCUACUCAGCCCGAGGAGUUGUGUGUAUCCAAGGAUGAAGACGGUAAUCUAAUUUUUGUCCCCAACAGCAGGCUUUGCCCAGAUGAGCCUACCAAGGCCUCUGAGGUAGAUGUGGGCCUGAUCCCUCCUCCCUCAGACUUCAUGGAUGAGCCAAGACCUGUUCCACAGCCAGUGAAGGCAAAAGACCUUCUUCCAUCGGCAGGAAUAUCCAAUAACCACCCAGGAGCAACUGUUGACUUGGAGCAGCUACGACAGAGAGCCUCUGCAAAGAAAGUGAACACCCCUGUGACCCAGGAGCCUCCAAACAAGGCCCCGGAACUAAGUCCAUUAGCCAUCAACUCUGGUCCACAAGUGAGUCCUCAUCCUGAAGCCAUUGAGCCCAGAAGUCCACCUGCUGUGGCCCCUAAGCCCAAGAAGCUUCCUGCCAACAUUAUUCUGAAGUCACACAAGGCAGCAGUAGCUGAUGGUAACUCGGGACAUUCAGUGUCCACUAGCAGUGACCGGGUGUUGUUGGACCCCCAGAGAAUCCGCAUUGAGGCCCUCCGAAAGCUUGGCCUACUUAAGAGUGAAGAGGCAGAUUCAGGCCCCGUCCUGAACCCAAAACAUUCUCCCAAAACUAGAAGGUCAUGGGCAAGUCCUCCUUCUCCAAACCCAGCGGCUCAACAUACACCACCUACGACACCAUCCUACACCCGCCUCAACAACCAUUCUCCUGCCUCUGUCCCCCUCCAGUCUCCUGCAGCUGUGUCACCACCAGGUCCUUCUACAGCUCCUGCAGUCCAGCCUCCUGAUAUUUUCCCAGUACCUGCUGCUUUCAGUGACCCUGAUGGACCUCUGCUAUCAGACAAUGAGCUGUCUGCUGUCAAAGAUGUUUCAGAGUCCACAGUUAAUGCACAGGGGAAUACGCCUCCUCGUACCCCUCCUACCCUGGUCAAGCAGCUAACCCCACCCAAGGUCAAAGGUGCCAAAUCAGCCACCCUGGAGCGCUCAGGUCUGGGUCUCAGCAGAUAUGUGGCCACUCAAGACCCCAAUGAGGCCAGCCGGGGAGUCAGCGGCAAGCAGAGCCCCAGCCAACUGCGUAACAAUCGACCACGCCCCGCCUCUCUGGGGAGUGGGAAAGAGUUUUCAAGCAGUCAGGGAGAGGGUUCACAGGUGGGUCGUGCCACCAGCAAAGAGCCAGAAUUACGGAGGUCCCUGCCUGCCUUUCAGCACUCCGGAGACUCUCAGAAGCUGCCCCGAUCCCAAGGCAUCAGUGUACUGAUCUGCCCUCGUGCAGAAAAUGGUGAUAACCGCCGCGAGGCCCUGAAGAGGCUGGGGCUGCUGAGGGACUGAGGCAUCGACCCCAAAGCUUCGACCUCAUCUGACCGCUUGCUUCAGAUGCUAUAUUUAAAGGAACAGACAAUAUAUUGAUACAUGAUUGAUGAAGACAUUACAGAACUCUUGGGAAGCAGCUUAACCACACAUUUAUGCAUUAUCAUUUACUACAAGGAGUGCCUAACAUGACCUGAAUACAUUGAAUGUCAUGCCCACACUUAAAUGUACUUGUUACUCAUAUUGUACAGCCAUAUGUUCACUGUUUUAUUUGUCAGAAAACUGGCAAUCAAGAACUUUUUGGAUAUUCACUGACUCUCUCACUGUGCUUAUGGUUUUUGUAAAUUAAAUACUGUUACUUUUAAGAGGCAAUGAUGAGUUAUUUUGUCAUUUAAUAUAUUGGUCUACAGUUAUGAACCUUUCUGAACAUUGUUGUCUGCUUUCACAAGUUAUCCUUUGUUACACUGACGUCGCUGUGUGGCUUGUUCUCCUCUUAGUUCUCCUUUUAAUACAUUUUAAAAGGUCACUUUUGUUAAUACUUUCACUUCCUAAAAUCAGUUGGAAUUUUCUGGCUUUGUUGACCAUGGGAAAUGUUUUUAGCACUGACUAGAUUUUUGUGUACUUAAAAUGUACAAUCCUUAAGAUUUCAGUCCUGGAUGAUUUGGCCUGUGGUUACUGGUGAUAACAAUAACAAUCCAAAAGCAGCUACAUUUUCAGAAAUAACUACAGCAUAAGAGCAACUGGUCUAUGGUGCAGCCAAACAAACUAUUGUAGUUUUAAUGAAGAAGUCCGGCAAUAAUUGGCCUUUUUCCAUCAUCCUACCAAAUGUUUGGUUACCUUGCUGAAAAGUUGUAGGUUCGGAACUCUCACCGUGGCUGCUCGUUUUGAUCAAUUACUCCCUGCAAUAUUUCAAACUGAUCUACUAUCAAAACAUGUUUUACAGCCGCAUUUUUAAUACACAAUAGUUUAUAAUACAGCAAAUGUAAGGGCUUUCAUCAGUGGGCGUAGGCUCAAUCAUCGUUGUGUUAGCUAUUUCAGAAAUGUUUAUUUCA